CCCGGCACGGCGCCUCACAAAGAUGGCGCCGGCCGCGCCGACGUGGCCGAGCCCGGGCGGGCGAGCGGGGAGCGGGCGCUCUGCGCAUGCGCGGCGCCGGGCGGGCUCGGGACCAUGGGCAGGAGGCGAGAGGGGCUGAGCGUGGCCCGGGAGAUUGAUGGACUGGAGGAGAAGCUGGCACUUUGCAGACAGAGCAUGGAGGAGGUGGAUCUCAAACUGCGCAGGGAGAAGCUCAGCCCUGAGGGAAGAAAGUCACUGGAGAGAGAGAGAAACCUCCUAAUGACCAAAGCUGACAACUAUGAGAAGGAACUGAGCGUGCUUCGGAAGGAAAAUCGCAAGAAUGCUGCCCUUGCUGUGGCCAUGGCAUUGCUGAUUGCUCUUAUUUACGCCUGCUGGACUAUGUGACUGCACUCAAGAAUUCUCCCUGCUGACCAGACGCCUCUCCUGCAAGGAACUCUCCCUCCUCUCACCACUGCACCUCCCCAAGGGUGAGGAUCAGCAUUCCAGGGUGCUGUUCUUGUUUGUCCUCUCCAAACCUCAUUGUAGGGAAGCUUUUUUUCUGAGGAGUGAGAGGUCCAGGUGCCAAAGCAGAUACCACAGCACACCAGUGCUGGGAAAACAGGUCAAGCAUAACUCCAGGUGGAGCUGUCUUACCAAGCAUCCAGUCAAGACCAUCAGGCCUGGUGCCUGAAGGCAGUUACGUUCUUUUUGAAGAGGACCUCCCUGGUUGCAGACAGAACUGAGCUAAACAAAGAUGUUUCCUCUUCCACACUAAUUUCCAGGACCAGGAGAACCCUACCUCCAUAAAAACUGAUGGGAAGUAGGUAUCUCUUCUGCAAGCACAUAGCAGCCAACGUGAGAUCUUGGUGCUUGGGCUUUGGAAAGACCUACCUACCCUGUGCAUCAGAGCUUGGUAACCAUUUUGUGCCUCUGAGAAUCAAUACCUGCAGAAGAGAUUUUUACUAUCAACUCCCAGGCAUGGAAGUGCCUGUGGAGGGCUUUAAAUAAAAUAAUUUGACAUGGUA